GCCCCAGCAGGGUGCCAGCAGUGAAGGUCCUUGCUCCUCACAGGCUUUGGUCACAGGACAGGACAGGUGCACCCUGCAGAUAGAUACACUGGAGAGGGAGGUGGGAGCCUGCUUCCAGCCGCUGAACAACCUGAAGCUUGUCUGUGGAGAUCCCCAGCAGAUGUCAGCAUCGACGAGAGAGAGUGAGAGUGUCACUCAUGCAUGGUUGGACACUGAGGGGUGUGUGUGCCUUCAGCAGGCCUCAGGUAGCCAGGAUCUGAAUGUGAAAUCCAGCAGGAAUGGUGAGGGAGGGAGGCGGGAAGAGGAUGUGGCCCUAUGCACUGGAGAAGUUCCUCCAGGAGCAGCACUUGAUGGGGAUAAAGCCAACUGGGGCCCUGCAGAGCUGGGUGGGAGUCCACUCCCCACAACACGGUAUACCCUCAAGAGGGUGGGGAGCAGGUCCCAUCAGCUCCUAGCCACCCUGAAGAAAGAGAGAAGUCAGGUUUUGCUUGAUGAUGCCAGGCUUCAGGAAGCCCAAGAAGGAUGUCACCAUGAAGGACGCCAUUGUGAAGAAGAGCUGGCCAGAGAGGCAGCCAAGGCACUGAGGCUGGAGCAGGCGAACCACACACUGCAGGGAGAGCUGGUCCACCUCAGGCACGAGCUGGACCAGUGUCUGCAGGCUGUGUCCGACCUAGAGGACUGUAACGGGAAGAGUUACUGCAAGAUUUCCCAGCUGGAAGAGGAAAAUGAGAAACUGAAGGGGGACCUGGCCCAGCUGCACAAAGCCAUGUCCCAGAGUGUCAGGAAAGCCGGAGGCAGGAUAAAGCAUGCCACCCAGGAAAACAGAGAGCUCAGGGCCCUGAUCUCAGAGCUCGGAGUCAGUUACAAAGGGCUCAUAAAGGACACUGUGCUAGGGAUAGAAGAUAUGGUCUGGGCUCUGCAGGGGGAGAACAAGCACCUUGUAGGCAGAGUUCAAGGCCUGGAGCGGGAGGUCCUGCAGAGGAGCAGGGAUCCAGGGGAAGAAAAGCGUUGUUCCCAGGGAAACUCCAAGAUGGCAGGAGACGAAGGACACACUGAGGACAAAGAGGUCCAGGUGACUCCAUUUUCAAGACAACUGAUCACAAGAGCCUGUGGGCCACCCUGGGAUGAGAAAUUAGGUGUGACUUGGGGUCAGGCAGGACCUUCCUUAGAUUUGGAAGAUACCAGAUGCAGGGCUGUUGCUAGUUCUGCCCCAUCAGUUUGCACAGUCCCUUCAGGGCCCCAGGAAGCACACACCAAUGGGGCAAGAGGAGACAGAGAUCGGCUGCAAAAAGAACAGGAGACACCAUGGUGUUCCAUGCCACCAGGACAGUCUCAGGGGUCCCUGAGCAGAAGCCUCCAGCUCCAGACCCCCAAGACCGAUGUCCCCGAGGAAGACCCCAAACUGUGCAUACAGCGGCUCCACCACCAGGUGCGGACUCUACAGUGCCAGCUCAGGGACCAGGGCUGGGCACUGCGGGAGUUGCAGGCGGCUCGGGAUGAGGCUGUGGGCCUCCAGGAGAAGCUCAAGGGAGAGCUUGAGGAGCUCCGGGAACAACAGCGUGAAGCGUGCCUGGCCGUGAGUCCCCUGAAGGCCAAGCUGGCUUCCCUGGUCCACAAAUGUCAGGAGAGGAACCACCUGAUUGAGCAACUACUACAGGAGCUGCCAAGACAAGAGCCCAAGAACCACAUGCUCUGUGAGCUGGCACAGAACAUGCUGGAUGACGUGGCACUGGCUGAGUAUACCGCCACCUUCCUGACCCCAGGGGUCCCAGAGACAGUCUGCCACCUGGAUGUAGGCUCCAAGGGGAUGACAGCUGGAGGAGGAGCUCAUGAGUACCUGCUUAAUUCUGAAACAGACAGUAUCCUUCAAAGCCUGUGGGGUAUGGAGUCUUGGUCCCUUCUGGAGGCUGAGUGGGCAUCGCAGACUGCUCCACUCAGUUCCCCAAAGUUGUCCUGCAGGCCCUGUGCAUGUGGAAAUACAGGGCAAGCCCCCAGCAACCCGAAGGCUGGCCCAUCUGGACAGCUCUCUAUGUAGCCACAUGAGUGACCUGCUCCCUUCAGAGACUCAUCUUCCUGCUUUCCCUGUUGCAGGAAAGAAGACAGCACCAUCAGGCACAUCACGCUGGAAAAGAUGAAUGGCCGUCCCAGAUGACCAGUGGAACAGAGGUAGCCCUGUGAUUUACGGUCCUUUCAAGAGCUGAGUUACAAGCUGCGUCACCACCCCCUACCCCAGUCAUCAUGAGGGGAUGUUUCUGUCUGCACAAGACCAGUGAGAGCCCCAGAAGCCCUCAGAACUGGCAUGGAGCAAUGGCAGGAUCCUGGGAUUUGGAGUUCCCAGUCUGGCUGUGUCACUUGUACAAACGACUUCACCUUUUCAAUGUCUUCUUCUUCUUAGCCUGUUUGGGAGUUUUUCUGUCUAUCUGACAGUCAUGUAUGAUGGUACCAAAGCUGGCAAGUCACCCUGACACUUCAGGAUGGUGGCUCAUGUUUUGGAGCAACUUGGUAUUUGUGAACUAUCUUCUGCUCACCUCCCUGACGUCCUUCAGGACUUGCUGCCUCGAAGCACACACAGUAUCACUGAUGUCUCUUUUACCUGCGGUGGGAGACAAAGCCUGCAGGGGAUGGUGGUAAGGUGACUUUGGUGACGAUCUGGACAUCAUGGAGGUUCUACAGAGUCCCAGGCUGAAUGGAGGUCUCACCCAUCCUGGGAAUUGUCUAGGGAGAGACCCCCAGCUGUCAUCAUGUUCUCAAAGGAAACAGCCUCAGUAUCAAGCACCCUAGUCUAGUAAGGAGAGAACUCCACAGGGUAUCCAGGCAUCUGACUCUGCUCCUACCUUGCUGGUGACCCUUAGGCUAUUCCCUGGCCUCCAGGGUCCUCGGGUCCUCACUUGUGUAGCAGAUGCGCCCAUAGGCUUUCCAGUUCACCGGCAGCUGAAACAGUGCCCAGUCUGCAGUCCAUCCUGGCAUCAUGGCUCACUCCCUCCUGGUUAUGAGCUGUUGAUUAUGAACCAACCUGUGCUGGUUUCUCCCAAGGAGCAGGCUCUGGCUCCUGGGAAGACUCCAGGUAGCCUCCCUGCUUCCAGGAGGAGGGAAGAGGGCUGCUUAUCCAAACACAGGCCACUUCUAACAACUGUGUCCUUCACUUGCCCCCUAGGUAGUCACAGCAUCCCAAGCAAGCAACCCAUACCAAUUCCGUGUCCUAUUUCUGUGUUCUCAUCUAGGGACUUCACUUCCUGUGUGUGGGUGGGGCAUUUCCCUUUAAGUUCAAGGGUAAUGGGGCUGGCUUGUUCAGGCAGAUGGGUAUCCAACAGGACCGUUUGAGAUCUAAGUACCCCCAGAAGAAAUAGGACAACCAAGAUUCUGCUUGGGUAAUCCUCCUGGAGCAGCUUCCUAGCCUUUCUGCUGUGUGUCCAAGAAGAUGGUAGGAGAUGGGUAGAUUCAGCAAGGGUAUCUUGGGCUUGGGAAGAACCUGGGGCUUUGGUCAGUGAGAGAGGAGUAACAGACAGGUAUAAUAACCUAUGUGCUCAAACAGAGAAUCUAGCUCACAACAGACACACAGGCUACUCUUGGAGGGUCUGGUCAAAAACAUGUCUUUGUGACUUGUGUUUUUGAUUAGGUGGAAGGUACAGAUUAUAAGCUUAGUGUCUUGACCAUCUCAACUACCCAGUUCACUGCAUUGAACGCAUCCACACUCAAUGCUCUGCGGCUGUCGCCUCUACCGUCUCCAGAGCUCUUCUGUCUUCUCAACUGAAACCCUAUGUCUGUUACACACUAGCUCCUUUUCCUCCUUGUCCAGACCCUGACAACCCCAUUUCUCCCAUGACUACAUGUCUCUCUUGUCUGAUUGCCCUUGGGACCUCAUAUAAUAUGUGUCCUGUGACUAGCUUCUUGGGUUCCAUAUGACAUCUCCAGAGUUAUGUAUCAGAGCAGCCUUUUAUAAAGCCAGUCCUGCAUGUAUUGACCACAUUGUUUGUCCUCUUACCCAGCAAUGACACUUGGAUUUCUGCUACCUUUUGAAUGUAGUGAGUGUUGGUGCUAUGAAGGAGAGCACACAGAUACGCUGAUAUACAUACAUACAUACAUACAUACAUACAUACAUAUAUGUAAAUUUGGAACUAGUAACAUUUAAAACCCAAGACUUUUCCUAGGAAGUCAGGACAUUUGAGUUCUCCAGGAAACUGUGGGAUCUGGCCAAUUUGCUUCCCUAAGCCCUUGUCUUCUUGACCACCAUGGGAGCUGUGUGAGGCUGCUCUGUUGUUUUCCAGUGGCAAGCACCUGUCCUGGUGCUUUGGGAAUAAACUAUUCUCAAACCACUGCCAAGGCCAGCUGGCUGCCACCUGACUGUGAUUCAGUGAUGGUCCCUCAGCAAUGUGCAUGUUAGUGGCAGUGUAGAUAUCAGAAAGGGUCAGAGCUUUAGCUUAGGCCCCAGGCAGGGAGUGAUGCCACCAUGCUCUCUGGGACAGACUAGACUCCAUACUGUCCAUCCCCCCAGGGCAAAGUCCUGAGCUAUCUGAGGCUCAAUAUAAUCUUGUGGAGGAACAUUGGAGGAAGAGUCCUUUCUCUGGCAGCCUGGAGGAGCAGAGACAGAGGUUGAGGUGUUCAGUGACUGAAGUGCACUUGGAAAGAGCUAAUAACAGCUCAGACCCAGACUGGAGGCUGGGUGUGCAUGAAUGGGGACUCCUUCCCUGUGCUGUAAAGUGGGAAAGGAGGCGUGCACACCCUAGGACUAUUCCGAGGACCCAUGAGGCCUGUGGGAAAUUAACUUGGCUUAUACCAGGUACUCCAUAUUUGUUGCUUUCCUGUCAGUGGGGCCACAUCUGAGUCCCAAUCAUUUUCCCCAGAAAGAGCCAUGAAGUCUAGGGAGCACCUUGGCUUUGAAUUUGCCUACCUGAUUUCAAACCAGCCCGUAGUGGGCAUCCUCCUUGUCGUCUGCAUAUUCUUCACAGUACCAGGAGGAUAGAAUUAGAAGGUACUUGGCUCAUAGUUCAAGAUCAGCAAAGCCUGUGCUAUGCAUGGUGGCACAUAUCUUUAUUCUGGCAUUUGAGAGCUAGAGGCAGG